AUGAAGCUCUGGGCCGCACUGUGGGUCCUGCCCCUCUGCUGGGGCUGCACCCAUGGGUGGGAGGAUGACCCCUUGGUUAGAAUCUCUCAGUCCAUAGCCUCCUCCGCUAACUUCUCCCAUUACUGGAUCUGUCACGCCAAACCCUCCUCGGGGCUCGAUUCUGCCCACCCUCUGGUCAUGCCCGUUUUGAAUUUCUCUCAGAUACCGAGUUUCCAAGUCACCUACGGCAUGCAAUUCCCUGAUGCUGUUUACCGGGUGAGGCUGGUGAAUGAUGAAUCUCCUGUUCCCUGUUUCUUCCUCACCCCACCGGAGAGCUCCCCGGCCGUGGUUUCAGGGAAAUACUGUAAAAAGCCUGACUCCUCGGGGCUCGGUAAUCUGACCGUGCCCCACGGGAGGACGGCUGCUGCUUGUGGGCUCAAUAAGACGUAUUUCACUGACCCGGUGUCUCUCCCUUUGAUCCGACAACGAUGUGUAAACCUGUCCUCUGCCUAUGCCUCUACUGAGCUAUGCAGGGCCUGGAGGGGUCAAAGUGCAACCUACCUGAGGGGUUCCCCCACCCCCUUACGGAGCUGCCACGUGACGGCAUCGCGGACCCUGCCUCGCACGGACCCCUGGUUGGAGAACAUCUUGAGCCACCUUCCCCGAGGGGAUCGCCUGAAUUUUCAGAAUAUGACCGGCAUCUUAUGUGCCCCCGUGGGGUACGUGUUUGUGUGUGGAUCCCAAAACGAGGCUUGGGCCUAUAAAUGUCUGGACAGUUGGCAUAUCGGUGGGACCUGCCUAUUGGGCUACCUGGUGACCCCGUUCUCUGUCCAGAAUGUUUCAGAAACGGUCCAGUGGACCAGUUCCCGUACUCUCCUCGCCAGGAUCGCUCGGGAUCUCCCUGCUGGAGAUGGUUACCUCGUUGGCUACCCCUUCCUCCCUUGGGGGGACGUGGCAGCUCACCGGCAGGUCCCCAGGAACGUGUCCGAAGCCUUAGGUAUCAUUGCACACGAAAUGGCUACCGCCCUCACCGGCCUGCACACGUCCUUGGGCUCCCUGGCUAAAGUUGUACCUGACGAUCGUAUUGCGUUAGAGGACACGCUGCCUGAACAAGGGGGAGUCUGUCUCGUUGCUAACACUACUUGCUGUGCCUCUAUCAAUUCCUCUUCUGAGGUAGAGACUCUUAUUGCUAAAAUGGGACAACGGGCUACUCGGCUCCAACAAACUGGUGACCAUAAGAGCGGAACGAAGUUGGAUGGGAUACGAAACUGGUUCACGGACCUUUUCUCAAGGAAACUGAAGGGGUUACAGUCGGUCCUAGGUAGUAUUCUCAAAUUAUGCCUCAUUCUUCUCGUUGUCGUUGCGUUAUUCGUAAUCAUUAUGUACUGUGUAAUUAAGAACUGUGCGAAGAAGGUUAAGACGCUUAAGACAAAUAGGGAAAUGCCCUUGGUAAAUCUUUAA